GUGGGUGUGUUUAACCGGAGGAAGCAAUGGGAACCAGUCUGUCAGCCAGCCUUUCAGGCUAAUUAGCUCAGAAUACAACAAAGAUAAGUGAGCCUGAGAGGAGGGCCCUGAGGGUCUUUAGAUUCUGGGAAAUGUCUGAUUGGCAGAUGUUAAAAGGGAUUCUUUGGUAAUCCAGUGCAUCAAUGAACUGCACAAAUUCAGUCCAGAGCUGCAAGAAUUUAGGCAUGAGGACACUGUGCAGGAGGCUUGCACAGGCAGACGGAGAUGGACAGAACCUUGGAAUCUCUAAGGCACAUCGUUGCCCAAACCUUGCCUCACAGAGACCCAGCUUUGGUCUUCAAAGACUUGAAUGUUGUGUCAAUGUUACAGGAAUUUUGGGAAAGUAAGCAGCAGCAGAGAGCCACGUUCUCCAGUGAAGGCCUGGUGGUCUAUGAGUCAAUGCCCUCCUCUGGGCCUCCCUUUGUGAGCUAUGUGACUCUCCCUGGAGGGAGCUGCUUUGGCAACUUUCAGUGCUGCUUAAGUAGAGCUGAGGCCAGGCGGGAUGCAGCUAAAGUGGCUCUCAUCAACUCUCUCUUCAAUGAGCUGCCCUCCCGAAGGAUCACCAAGGAGUUCAUCAUGGAGAGUGUUCAGGAAGCAGUGGCCUCCACCAGUGGCACUUUAGAUGAUGCGGAUGAUCCCAGCACAAGUGUCGGAGCUUAUCAUUACAUGUUGGAGUCAAACAUGGGGAAGACUAUGCUGGAGUUUCAGGAACUGAUGACUGUUUUCCAACUAUUGCACUGGAAUGGAAGCCUGAAAGCCCUCCGUGAAACAAAGUGCUCUCGACAGGAAGUCAUCUCCUAUUAUUCCCAAUAUUCUUUAGAUGAAAAGAUGCGAAGCCACAUGGCCCUAGAUUGGAUCAUGAAGGAGCGCGAGUCACCAGGAAUUCUCUCUCAAGAGCUACGUGCUGCCCUGGGAGAGCUUGAAGAAGCCAGGAAGGCAGGACAAGAACUACGCUUUUACAAAGAAAAAAAAGAAAUCCUGAGCUUGGCUCUGACUCAGAUUUAUAGUGACCCUGACCCUUCCUCACCCAGUGAUGACCAGCUGAGCCUCACGGCUCUGUGUGGCUAUCAUUAGCAAGGCCAGGUCUCAGGUUUCCUGAGGACUUUCACU